ACUGGUUGUCAUUAUAUUUUUGUUGUUGUGUCAAGUUGUGUAAAAUCUGCGUCAAGGAUUUUAUUUAGCUUUUACGUAGAAAACAACAGCGAAAACAAACAGAGAAUGGACGCGUAUGAGAGUGUUCUUCUGGUGAAACCCGAGGUUUUCGUAUUUAAUCUUCCACCUAGGUCAUCGAAUCGUAGCUACAGAGCCGCCGAUUGGAAUCUGGCGGAGCCUGCCUGGACCGGCCGUAUGCGGUUGGUUGCCAAAGGCAAUGAGGUCGCGAUUAAGCUGGAGGAUAAAUCCUCCGGUGAACUUUACGCUAAAUGCCCAAUCGAAUCGUAUCCUGGAGUGGCUGUGGAGGCGGUCAGCGAUUCAUCUAGGUACUUUGUGUUAAGGAUACAGGAUGAUAAUGGUCGGACUGCAUUCAUUGGUUUGGGCUUUGGUGAUAGGUCUGAUUCAUUCGAUUUGAAUGUGGCCUUGCAGGAUCACUUCAAAUGGUUGAAGAAAGAGAAACAGAUCAGUGAGGAGCCAAGUGGCCCUGCCCUAGAUUUAGGUUUUAAAGAGGGCGAGACGAUCAAAAUCAAUAUGAAAAUCAUGAAAAAGGAUGGUUCAGAGGUGUCAAAAUCUAGAUCAAGGCCAGGCGCUGGCCUUGGCUUACUGCCGCCUCCUCCUGGAGGAUCUAGCAGGUUGCCUGCGCCUCCUGGCAGCUCACCUGCAGGAUCUCCGGCUCACGCUGCAGCUAAACCGGAUGUUGGCGGCGAGUCUUGGGGAGAGUUCACUUCAGCUCAAAGCAGUGCUGCACCCGCGCAACAACAGGCUUCGCCAUCCGCCUCCAAUAACUGGGUACAAUUUUAAAACCGUUUUGAACGAACAGGAAAGAGAAUGAUAAACGUAUUAUUAAUGGUUAAAUAUUUUUCUUUUCUAUCUUACUGUUGUAUAUUUCUAUAUGUCUAUUUAAUGGAGUUUAGAGUAUAAUAUAUCUUAGAUAUGUGAAUCAUUAUAUAAGUGAAAUGACGAGACAGCGGGAGGAAGGGCGUACGUUCCAAGCUGAACUCGUCGAAAAAUAACGUUUUUGUGAAUUAUCUAAUACAUAUAUGUACAGGACGUGUGUGCGCCAUACAUAUAUGUAUAUAAUAACUGUUAUCGUAAAUGUAAGAUAUUUUUAAGUUUUUGCAUGACAGAAACAGAAUCCUUUGCUCAUUGUUACUCGAUGUAAAAUAAUCUUUUUGUUUUCUUUUUCUUAACUGUGUUAUUAGAGGAUUAUUAUUAUUUUGUUCAGUUUUGUUUCACUAUUCGCAUCAUUCGUUAUCUGUGUCAUUUCGAAGUUUUCGAAAGAAAUAAAAUUUAAAGAUAAAAGUAACGAUAUAUACGCGAGGAUGGGAGAACUUAUUCUACAUGUGUAUGUAUUCCGCUUCUUAUACAUAUUAUUAAUAUUAUAAAAUAAUAUUAUUUUCUCCGACAAACAUUCCAAGUGCAAAACUAUUUGUUAUAUUAUAUAGUUUAUUAUACUAGUUUA